AUGCUGCGGGCAACCAUCAAGCUGUGCUGCGGCAUCGCCCACGACCACCUCUGCCCCCUGCCCGGCUUGAAGAUAACAGCUGUUGCAGCUAUACAGAAGGACGUGAGAAGGCUUGUGGUAACAGGAUCCCAUCACCUGCUUUCCAAAAUUCCUCAUUAUGUUCGGAGGCUGAUAGAGAAGGAGCCAGCCACAUGCCCAGAGCCUGAUGGAGAUGUCAGCCCCAGCCGGUUCUCCAGCGUAGACCUCUCCUACAUCAGCCAGGGAGAAACGGCCCUGCAGCAAGCGCUGAGCAUCCUCCAGCAGCACACCAGCUGGCAGGCAGAAACGAUACUGGAUGCCGGGGCUGCUGUGUCCAGUGCCACCCUCCCCGGUCUGGGCAAGGUGUUCCAGGUAGAGGUGAUCCUGGCCGUGCCGGUGGCUCGGCUGCAUCAGGAGCUGUUCGAGAGGAUUGAGGAAAUGCCCCAGUGGAACCCAACCCUCAGCCAGGUGAAGGUGCUGCAGCGUGUCGGGACGGACACGCUGGUGACGCAUGAAGUCACUGCUCCUUGCCCAGGCAACCUGGUGGGCCAGCGGGACUUCGUCAGUGUGCGGCACUGUGGGAGGAGGGAGAUGGCCGUCUACCUGGUGGGCACUGCCACCCAUGUCGAGCCACUGCCCUCACAGGAAGGGUGCAUCAGGGCCGAGUCCCGGCUGAGCUGCAUUGUCCUGCAGCCGCUGGCGGGGGACCCUGGCCGUACUCACUUCACCUGGCUCCUCAGCAUGGACCUGAAGGCGAGUGCCACCAUGUUAUUUGGGGUGUUUUCUCUCCCAAAGGGCUGGAUCCCCGCGUCAGUCAUUAACCGCAUCCUGCCACAGUCCCAAGCAGACUUCAUCAAGCACCUCUGCCGACAUCUCUCUGCCACCACGGACACCUGA